AUGGCAGUGGGAAACCAAACCGCUAUCAUUGGUGCUCCAGAGCAUAUUAAAUGUAAACUGCUAUCAGGAACAUUUAAGGAUGCCGCUCUGCGUUGGUAUAUGAAUUUACCAAGAAAUUCGAUCGAAAACUAUGCGGAUUUCCACAAGAAAUUCAUACACCAAUUCUCGUGUUCAAGGCAUAUAAAGGUAACAGCGACUAGCUUAUUUGCUCUACGCCAAAACUAUGCUGAAACACUCAGAGAAUACUUAGCCAGAUUCAAUGCCGCCACUAUCAAAGUGUCGAAUCCCAAUCAAGAAAUGUUCGUCGCCGCUUUCCAUAACGGACUCAAGGCGGGGCAUUUCAAUGAGUCAUUGGCACAGAAGCCUGCAACAACUAUGCAGGAGGGUUAG